GUGGGCGGGGCCGGCAGUGGGCGGGGCGCUGUCCGGCGCGGAGCGGCCAUGACGGCGCACAGCUUCGCGCUGCCGCUCGUCCUCUUCUCCGCCUUCUGGGGCCUCGUGGGCAUCGCUGCCCCCUGGUUCGUGCCCAAGGGGCCGAACCGCGGGGUGAUCAUCACGAUGCGGACCACCGCCGUGUGCUGCUACCUCUUCUGGCUCAUCGCCAUCCUGGCCCAGGCCAACCCCCUGUUCGGGCCGCAGCUGAAGAACGAGACCAUCUGGUACGUGCGCUUCCUCUGGGAGUGAGCAGUCCCUGGGAGCUGGCACCUCAACAGAGACCCCCAUCAUAUCCACGUGAGUGAGCAGAGGGCUGGGAUGGCAGGGAUGUCCCUGCUUGCCUGCCUGUGUCUGGCUGGGGAGGGAGCUUCAGCUCAGCCUGUGCUGGGCUGGGGGAAAUGCUUUGGCUUCUGUGUGCUGUGGCUUGUUGUGAGCUGAUUCCAGUGUGAGGCUGUUGGCUUUGCGCUGGGCCUGAGCAAAUCAAAAUUGUAGUUCUCAAAUUAGUGGGAGCUCCCUCAGAAUGUGGUUUGGUGCUAACUUCUCUACCUUUUUCCCUCUCUUAGCUUUGUAGCUGUUCCAGCCUCUACCCUCCUGUGCCAGACAGCCCCCAGAGGUGCUAGGACAGAGGCUGGACCCGCUGCCCAAGCACACCUGGACUACUGCAGCCUGGACCAAUGGAUGGCUGGGGCCCCCCAACCAUGGCAGGCAGCACCCUGGUGAGGGCCUACUAGUCCAGCAUUAGGAGCAGCCAGGCUACCAGGGAGAGAUCCCUUCAGCUGGCCCAGUGCUGCAGUGCUGAACACCAUCCUGUGAGGGAGCUGUGUGUAGUGCCAGCGGGUCCUGUCCCAGCAGUGCUUGUCCUGCCCUGUUAGUGUGAUCAGCCCUAGCAGCCCUAGCCCCAUGUGAAACCCCUGCUUGUAGCCCAAGGUGCCCAAGUAGUUGCCCUGUCCCUGGUCAUUACAUCCACUGGCUGCCUGUCUGCAUGAGAACAGAGGAGCCAUUGCACCCUCUGUGGUGGGGUGGUCCCUGCUAAGGCAGAUUCUGGCUGUGGGUGGGAGAAGGGAGGGCUGACCCUGGAGGAGCUGCAGACCCCCUUAGGUGUGAUAAGGGAGGUGUUGGGGUAUGCUGGAGAGGAUUAACAGAGGGCUGUCUCCCACCUGAGCAGUGAGGCAGCUGCAGUAGUGUUAGGUAACUCCACCACAACAAUAUUGGUUCAGGUUCUGAGAAGAGCCAAGUAGGGCAUUGUUGUUCAUUUCCCCUUAUUUAUCAGAUAAUCUGUAUUUAUUUAUUUGUCUGUGUUGUUUCACUUGUGUUGUGGAAAUAAAUCCUUUUUGUAGUAAGUCA